GGAAUUGUCUAUGGCUUUUACUGCUGAUGGCACUGAAAUAAGCUAGAAGAAAAAUAUCAAAGCACGUCAAAUCAGAGCAAGCUAUUCUGAGUGACAAAAAAAGGUAAAAUUUAAAGAUUGGCUGAGGAGCAGCAAGAAAAGAUCCAAUUAUGCAUUCUGCAAGGCAUGCAAUAAAUAUUUUAUAUGUAUCAAAUCCGAAAUCCAGAAACAUUCUUCAGGAAAACAACACACCAAAUUGGUAAAAUGAUUACACACACAAAAAACUUUGACUGAUAUGACAUCUUAUAUGGAGAAAAUACCUUUAAAUAACAAAAUCAAAACUGCUGAAAUUCGAAUUGCAGCAUAUGCAGCUGAACAUAACAUUUCAUUCAAUACUUUAGGCCAUUUAUCAGAAAUUAAUAGAAUAUCAUUUGACGAUUCGGAGAUUGCUAAAAAUUUCACAUGUUCUCGCACCAAAGCUACAGUUAUUGUCAAUAAUGUUUUAGGACAGUACAGUUUUGAAAAUUCUAGUAAUUUAUUACAAACAAAUAAAUUUUCAUUAAUUGCAGAUGAAUCUACCGAUAAAGGCGCAAUUAAACAUUUAGCUUUAGUGCCACGUAUUUUUUAUGAACACAAAAUUACUGACUUAUUCUUUGGUCUAUUGUUUGUAGCAGGUGGAACGGCAGAAGGACGCUACAACACUAUUGCAAAUUAUUUUUUAAAAUCUAAUAUUAAUUAUAAAGAAAAUCUAAUAGGCUUUACAUCAGAUGGUGCACGUGCUAUGAUGGGAAUUCAUAAUUCAUUAUUCACCAAACUAAAAGCCGAUAUUCCUAAAUUAUUCAUUAUGAAAUGUGUUUGUCACUCGUUUAGCUUAUGUGUUAAUUAUGCUAGUGCUAAAUUACCAGAUGAUAUUGAACAAAUGGCUAGAGAUGUUGAUACGUAGCUACAAUACUGAUUUAAAAGACAAACUGAAUUUCCAGAAUUUCUGGAGUUCGUAGCAGUAAAACCUCAUAAAAUUUUGCAACCCUCUCAAACAAGGUGGAACUCUGUAUUGCCUGUUGUAAAAAGAAUACUUAAGCAAUAUGAUGCUUUAAAAUUAUAUUUUACGGAUCAGUGCUACAAUAAAAAUGGCAUUCAAGCACAAAAUAUCUUAAAUUUUCUUCAAAAUUUAUCUACCAUUUCGUAUCUACAUUUUUUAAACUUUGUGCUGCCGUUUUUUAUGGAAUUAAAUUUGGAAAUGCAAUCCCAAAAUAUUAAAAUACACAUUUCAUAUAAACAAGUUGAACAUG